AUGAAUAGUGUUAAUCCUUUCAGUGCUACAACUGUCCGCGGACUCGAACACGAUAGACAAAGAUGUAAAGAAACAUGCAUAAUCCCGUUCCUUCCCGAAGGGAAACUUAACUUAACGUUAGACUUAAAUGAACUGAUUGCUAUUCUUAGCCAUCUUACAGCAUUACAACUAAAGACUUUAACUCCUGAGAUAGCGAAAAGAGGGCUGAUCGCCCUCGAAGAUCCUCAGCAAGUGAAGCCACGGGCUGUAGUUUUCUGUGCAGACACGAAUCCCUCACCUAACGCCAAAAUUUCGUUCUCAAGCUUCAAACAGAGUUUCGCCUCCACUACCAGCUAUCUGCGGAGGCGAUUCUCUUCGGGUGACCUCUCAGGGGAACUAGCCGACGAUCAGGAACGGCGGAUCGAGCAGCAAGGGGAAGAUGGCCAGAAUGAUGUUUCUCAGUCUCAGGAACCGGACUUGGCACUCCAUGUGCGCCAAGGGACCACUAUUAGCGCACCAACAUCCCCUUCCAAAAACAUGCCCGCCUUCCAACAAAGAGCGAACUCCGUGACAGUAGGUUCAGGAGUUAGAGCCCCUUCAGCGAAGGAUAAAUACAAAACAUUGUUAGUGAUCGACGACCAUCAUACCGAUUGGUCAAAAUAUUUCAGAGGUAAAAGGAUACAUGGUGACUGGGAUAUUCGCAUGGAACAGGCUGAAUUUAAGGAUAUCAAUUUAUCCGUGAACAGUGAUACAGGUGCCACUGUGAGUAUGGUAGUCAAUAGAAAUGGAACGAAGGUGGUGAGAUCUUUUCGCCCAGAUUUUUUACUGAUUCGACAACAUGUUCGAGAUGCUGGGCAGGAAGAUUACCGAAAUCUCUUAUUAGGAUUUAAAUAUGGCGGAGUGCCUAGUGUCAAUUCCCUGCACAGCCUCUAUAAUUUUCAAGAUAAACCGUGGGUGUUUUCACAACUUCUUCAUAUGCAAAAAAGGUUAGAUAAAGAAAACUUUCCCCUCAUCGAGCAGUCAUAUUUCCCAAAUCACAAGGAGAUGUUAACCGCAGCCAAAUAUCCUAGCGUCGUUAAAAUUGGCCACGCUCAUGGUGGAGUGGGAAAACUGAAAGUGGAAAAUCAUUUUGACUUUCAGGAUGUAGCAAGUGUCGUUGCAGUCAGCAAAAUGUACUGCAUUGUGGAACCAUUUAUUGAUGCCAAGUAUGAUAUUCAUGUGCAAAAAAUUGGAAAUAACUACAAGGCCUUUAUGCGAAAAUCAAUUUCUGGCAACUGGAAAGCUAAUAUGGGCUCUGCAAUGUUGGAACAAAUUCCUAUGACCGACCGAUAUAAGAUGUGGGUGGACGAAGUGUCGGAACUCUUUGGAGGACUCGACAUUUGUGCUGUAGAAGCAAUACAAGGAAAAGAUGGAAGAGAGCACAUAAUAGAGGUAAAUACAUCAGCGAUGACGUUACUGGGAGAAACUCAAGAAGAAGAUCGCAGACUUAUUGCUGAUUUAGUUGUACAACGCAUGCAAACAUAUUGCAAACCUGUUCUAUCGAAGCAACAGUCUAGAACAGUCAUGUCAAGCUAUGGUGCUGAAGAACCUUCUACUGUUGAAAACGUGCCAUCAACUCAGCAACGAAUACCCCAUCAAAAUCCUCCUGGUGUUCCACCACCUGUGCCCCAACGUCAAGAAGCUUCUCGUGGACCCCCAAGCGGGCCGCCUCCAGGGCCACCAUCAGGUCCACCACCUGGCCUCCCUCCACCGCCUCGCAGAGGGUCCCAGACUUCCGCAACUGACGUUGCAGCCGCUGCGCCUACUGCUAUGAGUGGUGCGCCCCCAUCUAGAACAUCAGGCCCUUCCCUUUUUCGUAGAGAUUCUCAAGUGGAUUCAGAGAAAAUGGAAAAAGGCCCUGAAGACAGCGAAGAUACCAUGCGUAAUCUACGAAAAACCUUCGCCGGUAUCUUUGGAGACAUGUAACCGAUGAAUCUGCUGAACACCCAAAUUCACCAUUCUAUUUUGAUUUAGUAUGAGAAUACAAGGAUGUAUUAAAUUAAUCCUCAACCCACUUGCUGAUAGAAAGGUGUAUGGCACGUGAAUGACCCGUAGUUUUCAUAAUAUAAGUAUUUGUGAUAAACGUCAUACUUCCAAAGUUGGAAUAAUCCUUUGUAAAACUGAAAACAAAAUAAGCCCCUUUCUAUUACUUGCUAAAGAAACAUUAAGUUUGUCUUAAAGUAAUCUCAAUUUAAAGUUGAGCAAUAUACAUACGACUGCUGUACUUUUACAGCUUAGACAACAGUAAGAUUUGUGAGUAAGUACAGCACUAACUUUAAAACUUGUUGAGAUUAUUGUUUCUAAGAAGCAUGCUAAUUACUGGCUCAACAGGACAAAAAACACAAGACACCCAUAAAAAACUGAAUUAAGUAGCUAUAAUGACUAAAGAUACUUUAAGAAAUGAACGAUCUCUGGGCAUUACUGUCUCUGAUGAUACUAAUUUUUUUACAAAUUACUUUCACAGUGUAAACAGUAAAGGAACUUGUAUUGCAAAAUUAAACAAUGGAUUCGUAUUGUGGGAAACAUGCAAAUAUUUCAUAUCCAUGACAAUUUCACCUGUAAAAGCUAAGCCUCAAGCCAGAAAUAUGUUAAAAAGAAUUUGUAAACAAAAAGUAGCGAUUCAGUUUAAAAUUAUGCUACAAGCAACGGUUAUUCGGGUUAAAAAAAAUGAAAGAAAAAAGUUUAAUUUAAAUUAUAUUUAGUUAUAAAAUUAAACUUCGGAAUAUUAACGCUAGGAUCGAAAAUUUUGUAUAGACCUAAAUUGAAAACACUGACAAUUUUGUAAAACAAAUGUUUUAUUAUUUUCGUUGUAUCAAUAAAAUAAAUUGUUCAUGAAUGCACCUUAACAGUAGAGAUUGAAAAGUCUUACUGAUACAUUGAAAUGAUAUUCAUAAAUAAAUGCUUAAUAAGGCAUAUAUGAAAAACAUUAAAGAACAACAAUUUGUUGCUCUAUUGUUGCUCUUUAAUGUUUUUCAUAUAUGCCUUAUUAUAUGAUUCCUCGUGUCAUGCACAUAAGUCCAUACGAAAAUUUAAUGAUUUCAUAACAAUAAAAUGAAUGUAUGAAAAUAAGCUGCUGCUGCUUUCGAACACAGGUUUAGUAUACCUUAACAGCACACUGCACUGACAGUGGCUUCUGCCUUGUUAAUGUUAAAUGCAUUGCAAUAAUUCCAGGCCUUCGGUUACGCACAAAAUAGUAAAUACUUGACCUAGUUCCCUAUUAAAACUACAGACUACUGUUUUUUUAUAGAUGCGCUCGACAUUAUACAAUAAAAUGAUUUUAAAAGUUGCAUCUUAAUAAUAUAUGUUUUCUGCAUGCAAAAGUGUUUUCUCUCUAAAUGCUUUCAAAUAAAACUACUACUUACGAAUCGUUUACAUUUGUGAAAAUAAGGGACAUUCAUUCUCAGCAGUAUACCUUUGAUGCAGCUUUACAAUUUGCUUAUCAAACUGAAAUGAUGUGUGAGUACAUAAUUAGAUACUGGAAAAAAAUCUAGUCAUUAAUUUUAAAACGAUAUUUUUUUUUGACAAACUGGAACAAAGAAAUAUAUGACAAGAUUUUUCAUUGAAUAUUUACUCAUUUAAGAAUUAAAAUAUUCAAUUCUCUCAACAAAUUGCAUUGAAAAAUAUUCUAUAAUUUGAAAGAAUGACACUAAAUUUACCUCGUAAAUUUAAAUCUUUGCCGUAGAAUUAAAUUUGUCCCCUCAUUCGAAACGUUUGAAAUGAUUUAAUCUAAAGCGACGGAACUAUUCGCCCAUUUAAUGCCUUUAAGCAAUGUUCCUGAGUGCUAUAAAUUUUUAGCCAUAUUUCAGCAGGAGGGUUACGUAGGAUAUAACAAAAAUAUAUAUAUCAAAUGGCUACAUUAUUUCUACUUCAUCGUGAGUGACAUAAAAACGUAGUAUGACUUUCCUGUAUAUCUGUAUGUUCUUGUCUAGCUACUUACGUCGAAUAUGAGUGUAAUUCUUGAUGUUUGUUUGUUGGCUUAUUGCGAAACCUAUUGCAGCUCUUAAGAAAUAGCUUGCUUAAUUCCGAAAAAAUAGAAAAUUCCCAAUUAAAGGCAAGUUACAUAUUUUACAGAACAUCUUGAGCUGACGAAGUAUUCUCUGCAGAAAACGAUCUGCUUGUUGUUACGAUUCUUGUUUUGUUAGCGGGCUUCUAUCAGCCAAUUUAUGUUUUUAGCUUUUCAUAAACUUUAUGAAACUUAAAAAUUAAGAGAUAAAUUUUGUAUUAUUACGUACUGUAGAAAAUGAUGGUCUUUUAUACUUAUUAUAAAUAUUUGAUGUUAUGUUAUAAACUAUGGAUUAUGAAAUUAUAUAUAUUAAAUCUAUAUAUUAAAGCAGAAAUCUAUAUUAAUCUAUUAGAUGACAUUAUAGUGAGUACCUACUACAUAAACUGUUUACUGUCAUUGUUUUAAUGUAUUUAUAUAUAUUCUAAUGUAAUGCAUUUUAAAACUGAGAUCCAGAUCUUAUAAGACGUGAGAGCAAAAUAGUUCUUUUGGCUCAGUUUGAGUUUAGUUUUGAAAUUAGAGCUGCAGUAGGAAGCAAAGUCGCAUAUAUUGGAGGCAAUAACGCAAUAUUCUUUAUCUUUUGAAUUUAGUAUAUGGAUGUUAUCUGUUUCAAUUGUUGUAAGAAUAAACUAAAUCAUAGGACUUUAAAAUGGAUUAGGUUCAAAUGAUUGCGAAUGAGUUUGAAAUGAGUCUAACCUAUUUGUGAAUGCUUCAGAUGCUAUAAAAUGUAACAAAAAUGUAAUUUCAUUAAGCUUACUUCUAUACAUCUGUGAUAUAGAAUUCGAUGAAAGCAUUAUUUCCUAUCGGUGCUAUUGUGCUAACCGUUUUAUAACCUGAUGCUUAGAGAUAUGCAUUGAAACUCGCAUUUUCCCCAUUUCAUGACUGUGUUUUGUCAUUGAGAGGUGAAAAAGUUAAAGUUACUGAAAGUUGUAGUUACUGAAUUAUGAAAGCUUUUUAAAUGGCUAGUUUUAAAUGAAAGCAUAAUUUUCAGAACAAGUUUGUAACUGCCAUUAGCAUUUAACAAAAAAAAUGGCAACAAGUGUAGAAAGUAGUACGAUUAGCAAUUAAAUGGCAAACGAGUAUCAAAAGAAAUUGACGUGAUUUUAUAUCCAUCACAUAAAGAAGUGUUCUCAGACUCCAACGUUAUUUAAAUGAAAAUUCACUAUUUGAAAUGCGCAGUCGUAUUGUUAGAAAUAUUGCUUUCACUGGAUAUAGUUUUUUGCCGAAUUACAGCAGGAUGCGAGGGUCAUUAGAAUCAAAGCGUUCGUUAUUUUCUAUGACCUUAAUAAUUCUAUAAAUAUUCCUCCAUUAAUUAUUACAAUUUGAAAAACUCGUAAUGUGCAAGAUGCAACUUUUGUUGCUUAUCAAUACAACAGCUAGCCAUCAAAUUUAAAGUUACUUAAAAUUUGAAACGUAUCAGGCUCAUCAGUAUUUUAGGCUUUUAACUUCUAAAUAAUCUUUCAUUUGCAUGAAUAUAUACGAGUCUAAAAUUUAAAAAUAAAAAUUCAAGAAAGUAAAUUUUUUUUGUAUGAGUAUGACGUUGGAAGUAUUAGUGCCUUCAACUCUGAGAGGCCAAAUGGCUUCGAUAUAAAGGGAUUUCUAAUAGGAAAUUGCAUACUUUAUGGAUAUUCUACUUACUAUAUUAAAAAAUGAUCCUCUAGAAUCUGUGUUUUUUUACAAAAAUACAUUAGUUGUAACUGAGACAAACUGUGAUUUAAAAUAUUAGCAAGGUCCUGUGAUCUACGAAAAUGAAAAAUCGUUCUAAAACGCUUACUAAUGUUAUUUUCCUAUCUGAAUUCUAUGAAUUAUGGAAAAUAGAUUUCGUAUUAUUAAAACAUUGAUGACUUUAGAGAUGCGAUAUACUGAAUAAGAACAUUUUGAUUUUUUAUUAACAUUUUUAUUGAAGUGGAAAGUUUUUAGACAGCAGUGGGGAUUUCCUUUUACCUAGAAAAAAUUCCUAGAAAAGUCCUCUUCCUCGUGAAUUUUGUGAAGAAUAUAUAUUUCCUCUGAUUGUCAUUUUUGACGUUAGAUUUCACAUGAGCACAGGGUAGGCAAAAUCUUAUGCAACAUGACUAGUAUUUUUGUGUCAUUAUUUUGAUGAAAAUGCUUUGUGUAAAUGAACUCACAUACACUAUUUGUCCCAGACAUUUGUCUCUAAAUUAAAAUAAAUGAAAGGAAAUUUUUUUAUUUUGUAUUCACUUUUUAUAAAUGGGGUGCAUAUCGAUUUAAAUAUGUUUUGUAGUGAAAAAUAUUUUCCCCGUCGGUUGCAUUGUUGAAGAAAGACAUCCGCUGAAUAUUAACUGUCAUACGCUGUAAUGAAACAUUUCUCGCAUUUAAAUCAUGUUAAAACAAAACAUUCAUCAGAUAUUCCUCUCUUUGACGGAUGUCUAUCGAUAAAUUUAACUUUUCAAAAUAAAUAAGAAACUUUUCUUGAUAUUAGCUGUACUAUAAACGCAUUGAUUCUAAAUUAAUCGCCUCCAAAAUUAUUUUAGCUGUUUGAAUAUGAUAAUUGCUUUCAGGUGUGGUAUUCUAAUUACUCUGCCAAAUUUAUUACUUUUUGGUCAUUUGCAUUUUUUAGGAUGUUUUUGUACAUAUUUCAUAUUAUAUAUCUGUGUCCAAAACCAUUAUAAGCCAGUCAAGUGCAUGUUAGUGAGCUUUCACGUUGUUUAGAAUAAAAAGAAAAUAAAAGUGUUUAUCGAUACUGGAUAGGUUGAAAACGUAGAUGUUUAAAAUUUUCCUAAUACAUGUAUUUGCUUACGUUCUCACAUGUGUUUGAAGCAAGCUCUCCAUCUAACCAGUGGUGCAAUGUUGUGUGAGUAUAUUUUGAAACCUCCCUAUAAAUGUUUAUCGUACUUGAAGAAAACUCAAUAAUUACUUGAUACUUCUAGUGCAGUGGUUCCCAAACACAGCAAUUCAGUUAAAUUAGGGGAAGUUUGCUAAAGUUUCGUUGUUUAAAUUUCUUUUGAAAUAUUCGCUCUGCAUUUAUCAAUAAAUACUUUUUUAUUAAUUUAUUCAAUAUAUGUUUUUUGUAUUUUACAAGCUAAUUUUCAAGUGGUUCCCAGUGGCCUUGUUACUGAACGGUCGACUAAAAUAAAGGAAUAGUGUCGAAUUCAUGUUGAGAACAUUACAAAAAUCUACAAAUGUUCUAAAACUAUAAUUAGCAAUUAUUAAAAGAGUUGCAAAGGGUAUAUAAAUAUUUUCAUAUCACUAAAUUUAAAUUUUCUAAGAUUUCUUAGUAACCCACUAAAUUAUUGGGCAGUGUUUGAGCUUAGCUUUCUCAAAACAGACUACAGAUAUGAUUAUUCUCUGGAUCCAAUAUUUACUAUACUGCCUAAUGGAAAGGAAGCUUUAUUUUAUGCAACUACAAGUCCAAAAAACUUAGCAUAUUUUUCACUUUUUUAAUAGUGCACAUUGGGUUUAAAAUAUUGCUUCAUAUAAUAUAUCAUGUAUGUGUUGGUAAAAAAGAUACAGAUUCUGCUGUUCAACGUUAAUUUCACUUUUAAGAACGCUCAUACAUUCCCUGGGAAUUUAAAAUUUGAUGCUGAUAAGCAAUCAAAUCAUAAAGAUUUUUUUUUAAGUUGAAAAUUAUUUAAAUAUGGCUUUUACAAAUUAGUGUCUUUUAUCUGGAAGUAAAUUUAAUUUUUCGUUGUUUUAAAUAAGGUUAAGCUCAAAUGUGCUGAUGCGUUUGAAGUAUUAAUUAAAAUAAAACAACUUCUCAAAGCUCAAAGCAUGAAUUAAUCACAAAGUAGCUGUGAAACUGUAUUAGUUAUUUUUAUUCGUGAAUAGAAUUUAAAUAUAAUAAUGUCCAUUCCGUAAAAUUCUGUGUUAUAGAAUUACGUUUUGUAUGAAAAUAUAGUUGUUUUCUACUCUAGAUAUACUCCACUUUGGAAACACCCUUAAUUUAAAUGACUUAUAUACCGUAGCAGUAUGUAUAAGUAAAUUAAACUAAAACAGCAAAUUACUAUUAGAAACAUUUUAUAAACUACUGAAGUAGUAUAUAGAACUUUAAAAAAAUUAAGUAUAUUUUUAAAAAGUUUGUUGACCCUUAAAUUAUUUUUUAAAACUCGAAAUAUGGAUUCAUGAAUAGGAAUUGACAAGUGCAUUUUGCCUGUAUGCACUUAAUGCCUUUCCAACAGGAAUAAGGCAUUAUUAUUGUAUCUUGUGUUUGUAAUCAGUUCACAUUUGUUAGACGUAUUUGUUUAAAAUUAUGUCAUGAAAAUUGUUUUAAAUACGAUUGAAUGUCCAAAUUUGUCUUGCUCGAGAACCAUUGUAAUAGAAUGUCAUGUGAAAUCUUAUAUUACUGUGAAGGUCAAUUACAGAAAUAAAUGUGUGGUGAAGAUAUCUCA